AUUUGCCUCCAAGUGCUGCCAUGGCUGCAGCGGUGUGGGCUGAUCGAGGACGCAGGGCUGCGAGACUGGCGGGGACAAUUAGCGGAUCUAGAUCAAAUCACACCGCAUUAAAGUCCCGUUAUGACGCGCUGGUCAUCGGUGGAGGACACAAUGGAUUGGUGGCAGCUGCCUAUCUUCAGAUGGGAGGAGUGAAGACAGCUGUGUUGGAGCGCCGACAUGUGCUAGGAGGAGCAGCCGUUUCAGAGGAGAUCUUCCCUGGUUUUCGCUUCUCCAGGUGCUCUUACUUGCUCAGUUUGUUACGACCACAGAUAUGCAAGGACCUGGAGCUCAAGAAACAUGGGCUGAAAGUGUACAUGAGAGACCCCCAUGCUUUUACCCCCAUGCUGGAGGAGGGGAUAAAAGGUGCUCCACCAAGAUCCCUCAUCCUCGGCUCAGAUCUGGUGAAGAACCAGAAUGAGAUUGGCAAGUUCUCACAGAAGGAUGCUAAGGCUUAUCCAGAAUUCACUACACACCUUGAGAAGCUGGCAAGUGCCAUUCACCCGUUACUGGACACUCCCCCUGCAAAUAUACCAGGUGUUACAGCUGGACCACUGAGGAAGCGGCUGGCUGCAGCUAAAACACUGAUGCCUCUCGUCAAAUGUGGUCUGAAACUUGGCAGAAAUUUCCCAGACUUUUAUGAGAUUUUAACUGCGCCAAUAAUGAAGAUUCUCACUAGGUGGUUUGAAUCGGAGCCCCUGAGAGCAACACUGGCUACCGAUGGUGUGAUAGGAGCCAUGACCAGCCCUAGUAAUCCCGGUAGUGGGUAUGUACUUUUGCACCAUGUGAUGGGAGAGCUUGAGAAAGAGAAGGGAGCAUGGGGUUAUGUGGAGGGAGGCAUGGGAGGUGUGUCUCAGGCUAUUGCUAAAGCUGCUCAGUCCUAUGGUGUUGACAUUUUUACUGAGAAGGAUGUAGGACAGAUCCUUGUUGGUUCAGAUGGUGUCGCUAAGGGGGUGGUGCUCAAAGAUGGCACAGAGAUCCACAGUAAAGUUGUUUUAUCAAAUGCUACCCCAUACAUCACUUUCAAGAACCUCACACCACAGGCUGCCCUUUCUCCAGAGUUCAUCAAAGCUGUAGAUCAGAUAGAUUACACCUCACCUGUUACUAAGAUCAACGUGGCAGUAGACAAGCUACCCAUCUUCCUAGCAUCUCCCACACCAGAUGAUAAACCAGGACCCCACCAUCAGUGCUCAAUCCAUCUCAACUGUGAAAGUGUGGACAUUUUAGAGGCUGCAUACAACGAUGCCAGGAAUGAACGGCCCUCAACCAGACCCAUGCUGGAGAUGACCAUCCCAUCAGUGUUAGAUCCCACUCUGGCUCCCUCUGGCUGUCAUGUGGUGUCACUGUUCACCCAGUUCACGCCCUACCGCAUAGAGGGCAGAGAGUGGACCAAACAGGACAAAGAGGCCUUCGCAGACACUGCAUUUGACUGGGUGGAGCAAUAUGCACCUGGGUUUAAAAAGUCCGUGGUGGGGAGAGACAUCCUGUGUCCACCAGACCUGGAGAGGAUCUUUGGACUCACUGGCGGGAAUAUCUUCCAUGGAUCAAUGUCUCUGGAUCAACUCUACUUAGCACGACCUUUGCCCUAUUUCUCAAACUACCGUUCACCAGUUAAAGGGCUCUAUUUGUGUGGCAGUGGGUGUCACCCAGGUGGUGGUGUGAUGGGUUCUGCUGGCUGGAACGCAGCACUUGCUGUCAUUGCUGACCUGAAACGUCGCUGAGACACAUGACAGCAUCAGAGGUUCACUCAGUGAAGCUUCAUGAUACCUAUUAUGUGUGAUUUCAACCAAUCUGAAAAAUACAUUUCAGUGCACAUUUCAGUGUACUUUAAGAUGUCUUUUUGAUUAGUCUCUUUACGGUGAUAUGAUGUUUGAUAGUUUGAUUUAUUAGUCCAUGUAAUAUGGAUGAGAGAGAAAAAAACAAUAAAAAAAGAGAUGCUAAAUAAGACAGGCUAUCCCUCGAAAACUCUGUGAUUGGAGGUUAAUCUAAACGAGCCAGGAAAAAUAUAGAAUAGGUGUGUUUUAUGUUGCAUUUAUUCCACAAGUAGUUUAAUAAAAGAGUUUUUUUACCUGA